UACACGGCAACAACACGCCGUCAGAGAGAGGGAGAGACUCAGAGAGACUGGCUGUUUUUUGGGGGGAGCAAAGGGAACCUUCGACGCUGCGGAUAUGAACUGAAAAGAAACACUGGAAGAGGCAGGGAUCGUGUACCUAUAUCCCGAAAUUUGACUGUAAAGGUGGAAAACUAGCCCCCCUAAACCCACAACAGUUCUUAUUCUGAUAGAGCUACACCCAAAGCCCCGACCGACCCCCUCCUGCUCCUGCUGCUCCACCCCUCCGCCGCUGCAACGCUCCGGCAACCGAGAUGCACACGGAGACCCGUAACAAGAAAUGCCAGUCGACUCCUAAGCAGAAGAAGAGCGCCGCCGCCGGCCAGAAGAAGAAGAGAAGGAGCCCGGCUAAGCAGAACGCCCUGACCCAGCAACCUCCUCCACCGCCACAAGAGGAGGAGGAAGAAGAGAAGGCUACAAGGCCUAGGCCGCCUCAGAAAGAAGAGGAAGAGGAAGCUGGGGAAGAGGAGCGCAAGGAAGUGGCAGCACAGUGUGUGAAAAAGAAGAAAAAGGAGGAAGAGGAGGAGGAGAAGGGAGGGACAGAAAUGCCCUCUGUUCAGAUCAAACCAGAGCCAGAGGAGAUGGAGUGCACGCAGGCGGAGGUUGGUGAUGACUGCACACAGCCCACAGACCUAGUAAAGGUGAAGACAGAGCCUUCACUCUGUAAGACAGAGCCUUCCUCGCCACAGCCGAGCCCUGCAGAAGACCAGACCGAGCCCGUCGACCUGUCGCUCAACAAACCUCGCUCCUCUUCACUUCCUGUGUCUACGACAAGCACCACAGUCAACCCUGCACCCAGCGGCGCUGUGACCCAGCCGGGCCUGUCUGCUACACCCGUCCCCUCUGCAGUACAAUCCAUAGGCUCUAUGGUCCUCUCUCCAGGCUCCAUCCUGGCCACUCAGGGUGCAGGAGGUCAGCAGAUCCUUCACGUCAUACACACAAUCCCCUCCGUCAGCAUGCCCAGUAAGGUGGGGCAGCUCCAGACCAUCCCGGUGGUGGUGCAGUCGCUGCCAGUCGUCUACACAACCAUGCCGACUGACGGUGUUGCAACAGCAGCUAUCACAGUGCCGCUCAUAGGCAGCGACGGGCGCUCAGAAGGAUCCGUUCGUAUCAAGCCGGGUUCCACGUCUCCGGUGGAGUACCAGAGUGACAGUGAUGCAGAGAGUGGCACAGAGUCGGGGUCUGCCUCCCUCAGCGCCCAGAGCAUCGAUGCAGGGUCAGUGAUGGACUUGGAGCCCGUUGAUCCAGAUUCUCCCGACAUCAAGAGGAGGCGGAUCCACAUGUGUGACUAUGAAGGCUGUAAAAAAGUUUACACCAAGAGCUCUCACCUCAAAGCUCACAGGAGGAUACACACAGGAGAGAAACCCUACCACUGUACCUGGGAGGGCUGCACCUGGCGCUUCGCCCGCUCCGACGAGCUCACCCGACACUUCCGCAAGCACACGGGGAUCAAACCUUUCCGCUGCACUGAGUGCGACCGCUCCUUCUCCCGGUCUGACCACCUCUCCCUGCACCGCCGCCGCCACGUCAUGAUGUGAACUCUCACCUCUCCCCCCUCAACCCAACCCCUUUCCCCCUCACAGCACAUCUUGUACCAGAGACCCUCCCACCCCAAAUGAACCUCUAGAUCCCUGCAAACUUUGGGAUUUUAAGCCCCAGAUUCAGAUAAGAAAAGACACUGAACCUCCCUCCUGCUCUUUUUCAUCAUGAAAGGACAGGGAUAUCAGGAAUGUGUCUCUGAGUUUGAGUUUGUGUGCAAGUUUCUACACGUCAUCAUCAUCAUCAUCAUCACCGUCCACCCUACAGAUCACAGCCCCUUUUACCAUGUUCAUCCAUCCACCAGGAGAGGAGGACACAAAAGGAGUAGUGUGUGUGUGGUGUUUGAAUAUUUGAUAACUUAUGACGUCACUUCAGCUGCUCUUUGUUUUUUUUAAGGAUAAUUUUGCACAUAUCAAGAACUGGAUAAUCAGUCAGGGAUCUAAAAUUACACUAUCCUUCACAAACAUUCCUGUUUGCCUCACAGGAUCUUUAAGGAACCCUUGAGGAACUCAGGAACUUUACUUUUUUUUUGAUAACAACAAUUUUUUAACUAAAAUUUGUGAUCGGAUUUUUGAUUCUGGUUUGGUUCCUUUGCUGGGGUUGGAAGCUUCAAAUGCUGUAAUGAUGUUGUCUGCAAAUAAAUACAAGCCCAGUUUACAACGUUGCCUAAAGCAGGGAUAUUCAUGCCCUUUUGAUAUUUUGUCUUCACUCUGAACAUCACUUCGCCCCGUUGUCUUUGUAGGUAGUAAAAGAGGCCGAAAACAGGAUCAGCAGAGCCAGCAGGGGAGUGCAGUGCUGUGUGCAUAGUGUAUGCUUCGUCGUGCUGCUCUCUUUCCUGCAAAGCCAAAGUGCACUGGACAGGACAGAAAAUAUAAGGCCAGUGCGGCAUCAGAAUGAAUGUUGUGAGGCCUAACAAUAGUGACGCUUCAACACAGUGGUGUUGCAUAAAUGCACUGUAGAAAAAAAACACAUACAUACCGAAUCUGGUUGGAAAUUUUGCAAAAUGUAAAGGCUAGAAUGUUUGUUCAGUUGCUCUGUUAUAGAUAUAGAUAACAGCUACCAUAAGCACUGAACCGCUUCUUUGCUAAUAUUACUCAUCUAUAGUAUAAUCUCUGCAAUACUAGACUCGGCUCCUUUAAGUCCUUAUUGAAACUAAACCUUAAACUUUCUGCCCAAGCUGAAAUCUGGUCUGAUGUGGCCUGCAACCUGAAACUGGGUCAGGCCAGUAUCUCCACACCUACCCUUUGGCUCGGGCCGAGUCGAGCUCCAGGGGAGCAAAGACAUGCUGUCAGACUUGGAAGCAAAGCUAUGUUUUAUCCAACCUGUGAGAUUUUGUCUGUUUUAUCAGUUUUUUUUUUUUGUUUUUUUCCUACUUCUUAACAACUUCCCUUGUUGCAGACCCACUGCACCAAUUUAAAGACCUGCUGCCCAGGCCUACUUCUUGAGCUAAGCAGCAAGGGUGCACCAUAUUGGAUUUUUGCUUACAUCUGAUAUGCCGAUCUUUGCAAACUCAUUUUGGCAGAUACUGAUAUAUGCACACCUUUAAGAAGACCAAGAGCCUCCUGUGCAAAGAGGCUGUAGAUAGUCUGGUAGUUUCACAUUUGGGGCUUCUUUAAAUUGUUCAGGGCUCAGAGUGGGCCUCCUCAAGUGUGAAGCCCCUUAGGCGGCCCUCUAUACCUGAUGGUACAGUUUUAUAUUUUGCCCAUAUUUAAGGCAGAUAUAUGAUAUAUACUGCAGAUUUAUAUGGUGAAUAUCAGCGAAAUGUUCAUAUCUGCCUAUACUGAUAUCAUGCUGAUAAUAUUGUGCAUCCAUAUAAGAAGUCUUUUAAAAACCACACUCCUGUUGGUUUAUUUUAUUAACAUUUUUGUACUGUUUUCUUGUGAUGUCUUGUGACCUAAUGAGGGGGAAAAGCUGUUAAAAAUUGCCAGGCUCCUCCGCCCAUGGGGGGGCACAUAAUAAUAGUGCAAGGGAGGAAGAGAGAGAAAAUCUCUGAGUGCACAGUUAUGUCUGCGCGUCAGCUCCUCAUCCUCAAUGCUCCACAUUUGUAGUACAUGCUGAUCUCAUUUCAACAGAUUUCUGUCGUUAAAACAACCCUGAAUUUUAGUUUAACUUUGAUUAUAAAAUAAAUUAGGCUUGGGUCCUUGAAUACAGUAAACGGGACAGGUCUUGUCUGGCUCAGAGAGACCAUGCAUGGACUUGGAUUUUGGCCGGCUGGAAUUUUUGGGCUGGAUUUACACUCUACCUGAACAAUGUAGGACUUAAAAGAGCCAUUUUGUUUAGAUGGGUCUGGGAAAGUUUGCAAGCUGACAGCAUUGUUAGAUGCUAAUUUGUUAAAUGCUGAUAGUAUCAGGUUUGACCUGACUUUGUUAUUGAGAACUUUCCAACCUUUAUUAAGCAAAAAUGGUUGCUAUAUAAGUACUUAAAAAAACUUACAACUGCAGUUUCCUUCUUGAAUUUUACAUAGACACUGUUCAUAUGACUAAAUAUCAUUAUUUCCAGCUUAAAUCUAGAGCUAGUACUUUCCUGAGCUCAGAAAGGUUCCUGGUCUAGAUCAGUGGCUCCCAAAGUGGGGGUCAGGACCCCCGUAGGGUCAUGGGAUGCCUUUCAUAAAAUCAUUUCAAAUCAUCUAUUUUAACUGUUCUUGUAAAAAAAAAUGUAUACAUCAAAUGAAUUUAAUUUAAAAGAUUUUAGGUUAAAGUCUCUACCACAGGUCCAUGGUCUGGAUGAAGUCCUCUCAAAUGAGCCCAAAACACCAAGAUUCUGUUGCUUUUACAUCCUUUAAUUGCUCAUUAGCAUAUUUCUCUAUGUUUUUCCACUUCCCACAUGUUGUGAAAAUGUGCAAAAGUUCAUGCAGAUCCUGGAGCAGUUCAGAAAACAGCUUUAAAAAACUAAAAUUCAUUUGGAAAAUGAAAAUUUAGCUGUGAUUGAUUCUGAAAGUAGAUAUGCAUAUCUAUGUGCAAGUUUGUGAAUAUAAAGAGCUUUGUAGAGCAGCUGAAGUGACGUCAAACAUAAAUGUCCUCUUCUGGUAAACAUCUGUGAGACUUUGCUCUAAAAUAUUUCACCCCUGCAGCCCCUAACAACCCCCCACCCUCCCCUCCCCUGGUACAAGGAGCUACAAGACUGUGAACUUUUUACUGAAUCAUUUGUUUCCAGUGUAUCAAUCACGUUCUUGUCAUGUGCGUGUUCUCCCCCCUGCACACCCCCUUUUUUUCUGACUCUUCUUUAAUAACAGUAUUUGCUUUUUGUGCAUCAUUGUUGUUUUACAAAUUAAGGCCUUCAGUUCUUUUUUGUUUCUUGGCUAGGUUUUAACAGAAAAGCAGCGUUUUUAAAUGAUAACUUCAGUUGCUUUCGUUGUGUUUUGAGGCUGUGAAUAAGAUGGAGGAGACACAAAUGGUUUGAGAUUACAACUUAAACUCACGCAGGGACUAGGGGAGCUUUUCCGAGUGGCUGUUUUUUUUUUUUUUGUUUUUUGUUUUUUUUUGGGAGUGAUGUUCGUGUGAGUGUCUGUGAGUGAGUGUGCAUGUUUUGAGAUAAACACAUAAUCAGAAUUUAAGAUUUUUACGAGUGUGUGUUCCGGGCACUUGUUCUUUUACCUCUUGCCCGUUGAGCCUUAAUAACUGAAGUCAAUCUGAAAGGGCGAAACCAGAACCACCAACAGAGGACAUCCGGCUGCACAAAUCUGGCUGCUCUUUAUUUCAACACAUAGAGUUUAUAUACAAGAUUUUUCUUUGUGAACCACCUGUCCAGGUUAGCUCUAUGGACAGGACACUAGAGAAGAAACACCUAAAGUGAGGCUACAUUUGACUGAGAAUGGUCCAUGUUGAAGCUAAAGUCUCAUUUGUUUACAUCAGAAAUAUUUUUACAGUUUUCUUAAAACUUUACAGAAGUGGAAGGAUGGCGAAUGCUGCACAUGUAGAACUAUACUUGACCCUACAGGGACAAAGGCUAUAGAAUAUUGGCAUGCCAUUAACCUAAUUUACACCCCAAAAUCUGCACCUCUGCAGCCUUAUAACAGGAGUAACAGCCAUCAUAACCUUAAAAGCUCUGUAUUUUACAAUAAUAUGACAUUAAAAUGGCAAGAGGAACUCAGUUUUAGCAAUUUUCAGCAAAAUUAGCAAAAAAAUUCAGCAAAAGUGGCUUAACCAUAGUUCACUGAAACGGACAAUAAAACAUGUAAUUAAUGUAAAAAAUGCACCAAUUAUGGGCCCUAAUUGCAUUGUAACUAAUGCAUUAAUGUAACCUGACACACCAGAUGGAUGAGUGUCACUCAUCCAUCUGGUAAACCUUCCAUAGACAGUGUUUGGGAAAGGGCAGAGCCUUUGAAAAAAAAACUCAAAGAGUGAU